UACGACCCUAAGAGGCUGUUGAGAUACGAACUCGUUGCUCUAGAGGUACGGGAUGCAGGAAGGCCGGUGAUCAUAGAGAUGGAGGAUGAUAAAUAUGAGGAUCGGCCGCCGCAACUCCCUAUAGAAGACGCGCGUCAGCUACUGGCCUUGGAGAAUGGAAGCGUGCACAAUCAAGUAGCACCAUUUCCUCCGAUGAGCACCCCUUUUUGGGAUCUUCAACCUAGUGUAGCCAACAUACGGAAUGCAGGCCCCGCAUCCUCCUCUUCCGCACUCAGCUUCAAUACAGGAUUAACAGGACAACAGCAAUUCUACAACACCUUCAGGACACCUGCAACAUCAUCGCACUUUCCCAGCAUCCUGGGAUGGAACGGCGCUGCAUCUCAAGCAACUAGUGUAUUCUCUCAUCCAGUGGCUUUAUCUGGGUAUUCCGAGAUGAAUAGUCUUGCACAUCGGAGCAACAUCAUGACACUGACACAGCAACAUCGAUCAGCCAGCCAGAGCGACUUCGAAGGCAGGAAACGCAGGAAGGGCAAGAAACAGCGUAGCACGAAAGUAGAUACCUCGGAUAGCGAAUCAAGCAGCUCAGCAGGAUCGAACAGUAGCGACGAAAGAGAGCAAAUCAGGAAGACGAAAUUGCUGCUCAGAAAGCUCGAGAAAGAUCGGAAAAAGCGCAAACAUCGAUGAAGAUGAGCUUGCGAGGAGAGACAUGAUGGCGCAAGGGACGACACUUUGUAUCAUUCCAAGAAAUUAAAAACCUCAUAAUUUAAAGACUAAAAAUAUGAACAUUACCAAGGAAAGAGAGUAUGUAGAUGCAUGAUAGAAUAGAGCAAAGUUAUUGGUCUGCACAGGUUGUCCAUUUGCCAUCACCGCACAUUCGUUCCCAUGAGAGCAACGGGCAUUUCAAAAUUUCUUACACCUCAGUAGUAUUGAUAAAUCUGAGUCGACGAAGAAAUACAAGAAGAGACGAGGUCAUAAUGACG